CUUAGGGUGUGGUGAAUCAUGUUAACUAGUAAAAAUCUCUGACAAGUACCCCACCUCUUUUUGCCCCAGCAUUCUAAUACACAGCUGUUAUUUGAUCUAUAAAAUUAACAAGGUUCAAAUUAAAUCCGCACUUCAUUGGUAGAAUUUAGAGGUACUUGACAUUUAAAAAGAGGCACUUGAGAACUUUGAAAGUGCACAGGUAGUUUAUUUAAAAAAAGUGUUUAUACAGACAGUACUUUGAGGUAGUUAUUAUCUGGGGUGCUGCCAUCUUGAGGUUAACUCCCAAAUCCAGUUGCGCUCUCUAUUCACUCUGCCAAUCCACUCUAGCUCUGUUAUGCAUGUUGGAAUUUCUUCUAUGUCAAGAGAAUGUAGAACGGAAUGGGAUUGGGAGUUAAUCUCAAAAUGGCCGUAUGCAGAGAACUGCUUCAAGGAACUGUCUAUUUAAAAAGUAUUUUUGAAGUAAAUGUUUUAAAAUUGCAAAUGUGCUCUCAGUGCUCGUUUUACAUAUCAGGGCCAUCAGAAUUCUACCAUUGAAGUGUGCCGCUACUAGCCUUGUUAUUCGUGGAAACAUAGAAAGCUGGGGUGAACAGAGGUGAGUCAGAGAUCCCUACAGGUUAUCAUGUUUAUACUACACUCCAAGUACAUUUCACACCGUCAUUCUCCUUUAAAGAUGCAGGAGGAAAAAGGCCAAAUAUGAAAUGUUUACCAGUUAUUCAGUUCUUAUUUUAUGAGUUUCUAUAAUAUUUCAGAUGGAAAAAAAAUUUUGCGUAGUGGAGUUCCAGGACAAGGGUACUGCUGUCGUCCCAAGCUGCUGGCUCAAGGGUGACAAAUGUUCGUGGCCACCCUAUAAUUGUCAAAAGCUGCAAAAAUCUGUCCAACAGAUGGAGCAAUCCAGACAAGACUGGACUGUUUAUGACAAUGUGCGGUGUCUUGUAACAUGUGAUACCUAUGAAGUGGCUCACAGCCGCCUUAAAUUAGUUGAAGAAGGAUGCUGCACAUCUGAAUUGCAGUCAGAGGAGGAGACAGAAGAACCAAAAAAAAGGAAAAUGAGGACUAAUACUCGUUACAGUGAGUAUGUUGAUGAGGACCCUAGAGAGUCAAAAAAGAGACAAUUAGCCAAGCCCCCUCCAGUAAUGUUACCAGAGCUCUUCGGCAGAGGACCAGGACAGGUCCUUAAAUCAUUUCCACAUCAAAGCAGUUUGGGUUCAGUUCAAUUGUCUGAGCAGUGUUUUACUGACUUCCAAAGCAGCAGCAGCCCAGUGUACCAUACACUGCAAGUAACAGAAUAUGAAAGAAAUGGAGCAGAUCCGACAAGGCCAGACUCGAUGCAAGCCCUGAAAGACAUAGCAGUUGACAAGAUGAUGACCAUGUUGGUUAAUAUACGUGAGGAUAUAAAAGAAAAUAGAAAGGAGAUCCUUAAACUGCAGAAAGAUGUUGGAGAAAUAAAGGAAUGCAUUGGAACACAGUAUGAGAGUGUGGAAUCACCUGGUGCUGCUUUAUGUCUGCCCUUAAAGACUGUGGAGGAUUUUGAGGAGGCAGAAAGACACCUUCAGACUGAAUCAGUCCGUCGCAAAACCGUAUCCAAGUUUGCUGCUGUGGGUGGUGGAACACCAGAGACAACAAUACGCCGCAUUUUGCAGUCAUCACUGACAAACGAGUUGGCCUGUCACUUUAAUUGGGCUGGGAAAGGAUGCAAAAGGCCAUUCAAAGACACCCUUCUGAGAGACUGCAUAUUUGCUGCAGCCCGCCGUCAACAUCAAGAUUUAACAUUGAUGACAUUUGCAGAUGUCAUAAUGAAGUGGCUGCGCUAUGCUCCAGAAAGAGAAGGUGGCCUUCCCAGAAAGAAAAUGUAAAAAAAAAAAAUAUAUAUUGUAACAUUUUUUUCUAACUGCUUUAAGUUUUUUUUGUUGUUGUUUUUUUGUAACACACAACUAUGGCAUCACAUCAAUAUAAACAGUCGGGGGUACAAAAAUAACAGGUAAAAAAAUUA